AUGGAUGCCCAGAGCCUUGCUGUGGAAAUGGCCCCUAUCAUUAUGUGGCAUAAGGGACAGAGACCAGCACUCUACAAACAGUUUUGGAGUCGUCCAUCAAAACUUGAUUCUAAGACAAAUGUUGAUUUUGCCUCCAACUACAAUACAUGGGACAUGCUUGCAGAAGAAGGUGAAAAUACAGACAGAUCUUCCUCUAUUCCUUUGGAUGAUGAAUUGCCAGUCGAUUUAGGUGCUAUUGAAGCCAUACAGUGCUUGAUCCAACAUCACAACGCGAUUUUCACAGAUGCAAAUGAAACUGUUUGGAGAUAA